AUGGCAGCAUAUUAUGCUACUCCCUCCAGCUCUGUAGUUGCCCACACCUCCGCGUUGCAACCCUAUGGGCAAUACUCUGAGGAGGGCGGUCCAAACCCAAACGUUAGCGUCUAUGAUCUACCUACGGACUCCGAAAAUGAAGCAGAGGUGGAUGAGCUGGAGUCCGACACCGAUCCCGAAGACGAGCUCGCUGCAAGCGCCUCCGCUAACCAGAAGAAGAGUGGACGACGGCUUGGGGAACGUACUCCCGGGACAACUCUGCUUCCCGCUUCCAAAGUAGAGAACAUAGUUCAGCCGGACAGUGCCAACGUUUUAGCUAGCAUCUCGAUGUCGAAAGAAGCAUUGUUCAUUUUGUCGGUUGCAACGGAGGAAUUCAUAAAACGAAUGGCACAAGCUGGCCACCGCCAGGCGGCUGCGAAGCGUCGAGGGACUGUAAAUUACUCGGAUUUGGCGUGUUCCACCCAGCAAUAUCAAGAAUUCAUGUUCUUGCAAGACACGAUACCUGAACCAAUAUCCAUAGCGGAGGCACUUGACAGACGGGCAAUGAAAGAGAAGGAAGACUUGGAAGCCAAUCCGGCAAUGUCAACUACCCACCGGCAGUCACCUCCUUUCGUAGCAGUAUCUGCACCCCAGUUAAAUGGGAAGUCAAAAGCCAAGUCAAGGCCGUCAGUCGCUAAUGGCAGAGAAACAUCAAGUGCAAGUGCAAAUGGAAGUUCUAGGAGAGAGCAUAGACGGAAUGAGGACGUGAUGGAUGGUGUUGUAUCAAGAAGUCGGAGCACAAGAGUCGCGCAUGAAGAUCGUUAUGCCGGGUCAGAAGAGCGCGCGUCAAGUGACAUGGGCAAUGAAACAGGUCUCUAUCAAGCGGCUCCAUCACCGAGACGUCAAAAUGCAGGCCUCCAGGACAGAGGUCGGUCACCUCAGGAAUUUGCACCCAACUGGCCUGGCCAUUACACUGGCCCCGCGAGCGGCUUCCUACAAGAUCCACAUGGAGGAUUUGGUCGAGGAAUUAGUAGUCAGAAUCCCGGGCGUACUAUCUACUCACAGCAAGCGCGUCCAGAAAAUGGUUCCUAUCAGUAG